AUGAAAAUUGAACUGCUACAAAUACUCCGUGAGUUUUGAUUUAACGAAAUGAACGAAUUUAGAAAUGUGUUCCAAAAACUGUUUUUUUUUUUCAAAAAUUGUAAGGCCUCGAAUUGGGAUUACAUUUCUUUUUUCGAAAAUUUCUAGUUUUUCCUAUACUCGAUUAUAGCUCGAAAAUUGAACUUAUUAUACUCCGGAAAAUGUUUUAUAUUCGAGUAUUCAUGUUACAUUUUUCUAUAUAUGUAAUAUGAGUAUGAAUAUGUUGCUGGAUUUCAAAGUGAUGACUUUACAUAAGUAUUUUUGCUCAAUUUUCCUCUUUCAACUUUCUAAACUUCGAACACUUUAGAAAAAAAAAUGCAUUUUUUGGAGACAUUUAAGUAGGUCAUUAAUCAGCAACGAGUUCAUGAAUUUCCAACAAACAAAAAAAAUCGAUCUCUUUCUCUCAAAAUAUCCAAAUGUUUCAAAUUUUUAAAACGGAUUAAUAUUUGUACAUCUCUCCUAUAUUUGUUCAUGAACUUUUAUUAUAAUGACUAACAAAAUUCUCAGUUUUUCAUUUUUAUGAGAAUAAUAAGAGUUCUCGGUGCCUAGCAACAUCAUUGUUGGCUUUCAAGAAACAAAAUCCUAUAUGAGAAAAAACACGUGUAUUUUUUUUUACAAAUCAUUGAAUUUCUCAAUUUCUUGAUAAUUCGAUUUGAAAAUUCCCCAGAUUGUUGUUUACAGAAACAAAUAUUUCUUGGUGUAUGCGACCAUUAUGGAAAAUUUGCAUUUUAUCAGCUUCAAUUUGUAAGUCUUUUUUCGAAAUUUAUCAUAACUUCGAAUGGGAAUUUCUAGAUGUGUUUGUUUUUCUGAACUAUGAGAAAAGACCUUCGAUAUCAUUUGAAACUGAAUUUGUUGAAGAAAACAAAACUGAAGAACUAUUUUAUGCCAACUUCACAGAUAACAGCUUUGCCUAUCAGUUUUUGCAGCACCCAGGACAUUGCAAUGAGUAAGAAUGUGAAAUUUGAUGAUUUCUCAAAAUAUUUAUUAAUUUCAGAUCAGUUGAACUUCUGAUAAUUGUUUUGUCUGUGGAGAAAAAUAUAGAAAUACGUGAAACAAUUCGACAAACUUGGGGUGCCUCAAAAUAUGAAAAUGUUCGACUCAAUUUUUUGUUCUCAUCAAAUAUAUCAACAACUAAUGAAACAGAUGUUAUUUUAACAAAUCUAGCUGAUACUUAUGACAACUUGAUUUUGAAGGUGGGUGAACUUUAGAAAAUGUUGAAAAGUUCACAAGAAAUUGAAAUAAGUCCAAAUUUUGUCAGAAAAAUUGAAAAUCAGGCUCGUUUCCUUGAAAUUUCCCCAUAGUCAAAUCAAUUUUCAGGUACAUUCCUUGUUAUCCUACAAAUCAACAUUCUGUCCAAAUGCAAGUUAUGUUCUAAAAAUUGAUGAAGAUGUUAUAUUAGAGAUUCCCCGUCUUUUAGCAAGAAUUCAAAAUAGUUCGAAGAAAAUUUCAAGUGAAGACUCACUAAGUUGCUAUGUUUGGAAAAAUGCAUUACCGAAAAGAGAGCGCAACAACAAGUGGUAUAUUCCAAGGUCAUUUUGGCCGGCCAAGUACUUUCCAAAUUAUUGUGAUGGACCGAUGUAUUUAGUUGGGAAAAACAGUGUCGAUAGAAUGUUGAAUGAAACAACGAAACAAAAAUUGUGGAAAUUAGAAGAUGUUUUUUGGACUGGAGUUGUUACAAAGGCUCAAAACAUUAGAUUAUUUGAAUGGAAUUCGUUUUAUUUAAGAUCACCGGAUCAAAUGAAAUCAAGUGGAGCAAAAAAAUGUUGGAGAAAAGAAGAGCCUUUGACAAUCACUUGUCAUGGUUUCAAAUCAACAAAUGAAAUUAAAUCAGGUUAUAGUGAACUUUUGAAUGUUACGUGUAAUAAAUAA